AUGAAUCUGGAGAACCGGAAAAAGGUCGUGACAGAGAAGAAAGCGUGCUAUGUUUGUUUGAAGACCGGUCACGGGUCACAAAGUUGCAGAGCUGUUGUAAAAUGUGUCUUCUGUCAAAGGAAGCAUUGUGUGUUGCUGUGCUCAGAAGUAGAGAAGACUCGAUCGCUACCCGAAUCUACCCCGGAGCAGACGCCUACUCAAACCACGCCUGCGAUGUCUAAUCUGCAGUGUUCCGGAGAUGUUAUAUUACAGACGGUGUACGUGAAUUUGGAAAACAAUGGCAUGCGUCGGAGAGUUCGACUUGUAUUUGAUGGCGGUUGUCACAGAUCUUACUUGCUUAAGAGCACUGCAAUCAAACUUGGCUUGAAAACAGUCGGAACCUUGAACAUGUGUCACAUUCUAUUUGGAUGUCCCCGUGAGGUCAGGCAACACCAAGUGUACCGAGUCAGUAUUGAAAGCCUGGAUGGUUCCGUUCAGACAACGUUGACGUUAUUAGACCAAGAAAAAAUCUGCGGAUUGUUACCAAGGGCUAACAAGCACAGAGUGAUUGAGGACCUCAGGGACAAGAAGAUAUUCGUAAAUGACAUUGGAGAAGGUUCACCCGAGAUCGAAGUCUUGAUUGGAGCCGACAACUUCGCGUCGUUGUUGACAGGGAGAAAAGUAAACUUGAGAUGUGGUCUGAUUGCGCUCGAGACGGCGUAUGGAUGGACACUGACAGGAAAGUUAGAGGUGUAUGAGUCCAACAGUGCGUCGCUAAUGGUGUAUACUUCCAUGAUGGCGGAGAGUGACAUAACUAAUUUGUGGGAUUUGGAGCUUAUAGGCAUUCGAGAACCAGAUCUUCACAAACCACAAGGAGAAAGAGAUGCGGAAGUACGGCAACACUUUUUGGGGACCGUCAAUAGGAUUCCAGAUGGAAGAUACUGUGUUAGGCUGCCUUGGAUUGAUGAGUCGAAGCAGAUGCCGGACAAUUUUGAAGUUGCGAAGAAGAGGCUUGAUGGUACCUGGAGAAAGUUACAGUCAAUGAGUAUGGUGGAGCAGUAUGACAGGAUAUUCCAAUAUUGGAUUUUGGAGGGAAUUGUUGAAGUGGUGCCAGAUGAAGAACGAAACAAUCGCGGGCAUUAUCUGCCCCAUCGACCAGUAGUAAAGCUUGAAAGUCUGACAACUCCAAUCCGUCCUGUAUUUGACGCCUCUUGCAAAGAUGGGCGUGCACCGUCGUUAAACGAGUGCUUAGCUAAAGGGCCCAAUUUGACUGAGCUCCUACCGACUGUAUUGAAUCGAUUUCGUUGUGGUGAUAUUGGUGUCUCAGCUGACAUACGAAAAGCGUUUCUGAUGAUCGAGGUGGCUACUGAGGACCGAGACUCCCUUCGGUUUCUAUGGGUAGGUCCUGAAAACCGAAAAGUAGCAGAGAAGUUAUUAAAGUCUAUGUAUGUAGACAACGCCUUGACAGCUGUCAACUCAGUGGAAGAGUUGAGGCGCUUCAAAGACGACGCCAUCCGCUUAAUGGCUGAGGCAAAGAUGGAAUUACGACAAUGGGCCUGGUCUGCCGGGGAAUUAACCGGUGAAGGAAUUUUGGUGACAGGGACAAACGACGUGGAUCUGUCCAGCGAGUCUUAUGAAAGAGAAAAAGCUCAUCUGACUCCAGUGCUCGGCAUGAUGUGGGAUCAAAGAGAAGAUGAGAUGUGGUUGGAGUGGAAGAAUCAGGAAUCUCUUGCGGUUAUCUCCAAGCUGCAGCUGAUUCAAGCCAAAGCUAAAGUAGCUCCGAUCAAAAAGGUCUGUAUUCAUCGUUUGGAAUUAUUUGGGUGUGUCAUCGCGGUCAGACAGGCUACAAACGUGAAGAUAUCUUUGGAACUCGAAGAAGUACCGACGUUUUACUGGACUGAUUCUGCAACAGCCCUAGCGUAA